AUGAACACAUCACCAGCAAGCUCUCAGCGUGCACCAUGGCGUGAUAUACUUGACUCGCAUCUCCAACAAACGCCAGGACAUGAGUUCACAAUUGCUACUAUCGGCUAUGAUGCUCGAAACCGUCCCGUGCCUCGUCUGCGCACCUGUGGUUGCCGUGGUUUCUUUCCUGAACUUGAACUUCACCCGAAAGGCCAGGAAGCCAUGGACGAGCAGGUUGAAGGUGGUGGCAAUCCACCGACAUAUGAGAGUGACAUGCUUUGCUUCACCACCGAUACUCGAAUGGAAAAGCUCCCUCAGCUGGAGUCUUCUGGGAAUGCUAUUGAGGCAGUCUUUUGGCUAAGGGAUUUUAUGACCCAAUGGCGUAUCAAGGGGACUGCAUAUGCAAUUGGAGAUCCCACAGGCAAUGAGUCAGAGAACGAGAAGGCAUCCCGAGAGGAGAUCAAGAAGAGCUUGCGGCUGAAAGGUCACGAUCGUGAUAUCGCAUAUUGGACGUGGGACAAAGCUGUCACCAAGUACUUUGCAAACCAUUCACCGGUUGCAAGAGGUUCUUUUCGAAACCCCCCACCCGGGCUGCCUAGAUCCCAGAGCGCCAGCAAUCCAGAUCUGAAACUUGGCCAGAAAGUCACAGAUCUUCAUGACCCCGUUGCUCGCAAUAACUUUAGAGUUGUGGUAAUUCACCCAGAGGAGGUUGAGCGUUUGGAUUUGACAAAGCAAGAGGAUGGAAAGAGAUGGAAAUGGAUACUGGAAGCUGCAAAUGGCUCGGAUAAUGCUCAAUGGAACGAGACUGAGAAGUGCCGCUGCACUCAUCCCCCAGUUGCUCCCCCUGCCACCGAGGCCGUAAUGCAUGGUGCUGUCCAGUCUACUGGAACAGCCCCUCCUCCCACCUCUCUCGCUGCCACCCGGAGCCUUCGCCAGACCAAGGCCAAAGCCGAGGCCAAGAAGAAAGAAACCGCUGCCCCCAGCGACGAUAUUCCUUCGAUCCCUUCCGAGCCCGAGCCCGAGCCCGAGCCCGAGCCCGAGGCUGCUGUUGGCCCUCCUCAACUUCUCCUCCGUGAGGUGCCCGAACUGCCAACGGACAUCAUGGUUGCUGCCCACCAUCUCGCGAUGCACACAGUGUACGCCCGAGAGCUCCAGCGCGACAUCCCAGUAUUCAAAGUCGCUUUCGAAGGGGGCAUUCUGGCCCAGCGUGCUAGCAUGGCCGAGAUCCAGAACAGCCUGGAGGCCCGAAGUGCUACCGAGAUUGCCAUUUUCCAAGACUGCCUCCUGGCUCAUCGGGAUAUCAUGGCUGCAGCUGCAGUUGUUCAGCGCCAAGUCGUCCUGUGGAUCGAGUCCUGGACAGGUGGCAACUAA